AUGUGGAGUUUUGCCAAGCCAAUGGUCCUUUGUGAGGAACUCUUCAACGCAGUGGCGUCGAGGGUCAUUCCAGAGGUCCAAAGCUUGGACCGCUGUGCUUUGGCCAUGUUCGCUUGGAACUACGCCUACAUCAAUCACGAUGUGCCCGAGGUCUACCAGGCUUCGGCCAAGGAGGCCCUACGGCCCGCACGCCUGGAGGAACUGACGCCGCGGGACUUGGCGAACUUGAUGCGGGCCUUCGCGAAGGCGGGUGUGCGAGAGGUGGAACUGAUGCAGGCCCUCUCGGAGCACGGCUGCGGGCUCCUGAGGGAUGGCAUCGAUCAGAAGUGUUACCGGCGGCCCAUGAAGUCCUUGGCGCGCGAGAUCUACGAGGAAGACUUCAGUGCGGUGGAUGGGAUGGUGGAUGCCUUUGACAUGGUUUCCUUGGCCGAAAUGUUGAGCUCCUUUGCAGAUCAACAAUAUGUCCACCAUGACUUCCUCUCGCUGGCCGACGAAUACAUGAUGGAGGGCCUGCGUCAGCCGAAGAGAGACGUGGAGACCUUUCUUCGCUUCCCACAGGUCUUUGCCCGGGCGCUGGUCUCGCGUGCAAGAGCCUACGUGGAUGUCAGCGGUCGGGAGCUCUUUCAGCAAGCGAUGCCACAUGUGGUGAGAUCUCUCAAGGAGUUGAAGGCACCUGACGUCUUGAGCCUUGUGGUGGCUUGGGCCAUGCUGGGCCCCAGGGAUCCUGACAUUUUGGCUGCCUUCGAGUCCAGACUUUGGGAGCUGGAUGGCCGUUGGCCCAUCGACGAAGCGGAGGUGUCAGCAGCGCAGUGGGCGUUCAAAGAGUUGGACCUCAACAGGCAGCUUCUCCAACGGUUGUCUUCCUGA